AUGGCCAUCGUCCAAGCUAUCAAGAAAGGUCCGUUGAUGGUAUAUUGUUCUGAUUUUGCUAACGCCUUUGUUCGGAGCAUCAAAAAGAUAAUAUCUGGGUAUGAGGAAGGACGCGUGAUCUUUGACAGAUACUUGGAGAACUCUCUGAAAGCUCAGACGCGUAGCAAAAGAUCUACUGGUAUUGAUCCCGUGAAGUUCGACAUUAACGAUGCAACAAAUAUCAAACUUGUACCUCUGAAAACUUUGCUUUCUCACAUUGAAACAAAAUCUAAACUGACAGAAUACUUGGGGAAAGCGGUACUUCGUGAAUAUGCAGACAGCAAUAAAAGUGUAGUGGUUGUCUAUGGAACCUGGACAUAUUGCAACAAACCGAAUAUCGUUGAUCCUAAUAUCAUUGAACACUCACACGAAGAGGCAGACACAUUGAUCCCAAUGCAUGUACUUGAUGCAUCGAAAACUGAUGGAGACACCCGAGAUAUAGAUGUGUAUUCACCGGAUACAGAUGUCUUCGUAUACUUGAUGGACUUGUUCUCGUCCAACAAUAUUGCAGGUCAUGUUCGGUUCAUUACUGGGAAAGGAAAAGCGAAGAGAACGAUUGACAUACGGACAAGAUGUGAAGCAGUUGGAACCGAGAAAAGUAAAGGUCUACUGGGCCUCCACGCCUUUAGCGGUGCUGACUGGGGAGGGAAAUUUGCAGGUAUAUCAAAGAGCAGGUGGAUAAAUCACUAUCUAACUUUGGAAUCAGAUUCCGAUGCAGUUGAUGCUUUUCAGAAAUUUGGCGAAGAUGAUUUUGACCAGGAAAGCGUGUCAGAUGUUCUAGAAUCAUUUGUGUGCGAGGUGUAUGCCAAGAAUAGCAAAUGCCGAAUACUUGGGGAACUGAGAUGGGAACUAUUCAGAACCAAGAAUCUUGAGUCGGAAAAGUUGCCACCCACACUUGGAGCACUGAAACCGCACAUUCAGAGAGCCAAUGCUAUAUCGGCAAUCAACAAAGGCUACAGAGAGCCACGCCCGCAAACACCACUACUGACUGAUAAUGGAUGGGAGACAAUAUCUGAUGGCACAAUUUCUCCAAAGAAAUGUCUUGAACCACCAGCACCUGAGUCGGUUGUAGAGCUUGUCAAGUGCGGAUGUCGUAGUGAGUGCAGUACAGCUCGUUGCUCCUGCCACAAGAAUAACUUACCCUGCACACCACUUUGCAAAUGUGGUGACUGCAGCAACGCUAGUGACUUUGACGUACCAGAUCAGGAUGAAGACAUUGAUGAAUAA